UUUUUUGUCUCUGGUGUCGCCGGUUUUGCUCCGGGUGGUUUGGUCCGAGACUAAAGGGGUGGGAGAAGCUGAGGGCGGAGGUAGGGGAGAAGGGGGAGGAAGAGGAGGAGGGUGCGCCUCCAAAGGGCCGCGAAGGCUGCCCGUGGGCCCCACCCCUGGAGGCGUCCGAACCAGCAUCAAGUGACCAAUAUCCCUUCCAGGGAAACACCGUCCUUCAGAGGAAAGCCAAGCUCCAGACCAUCCCCCGGCGCCAAACCGCCGUCAUCUCCUUCCUGUGCGGGGUGAUCCGUCCCUUCACCCACCCGGAAAAAUAUAGUCCGUGCUUCACGUCCCAGUGGGAUAUUCCUUGAUCCUAAAGCCACUGGCUAGCCUUCUGUCUAACUUCAUUGUCGUCUUCUUCACCACCAGCCCCACUAGAUCUUAAAAAAAUAGUUUCAGAAGCAGCCUUUGGACUGGAACCUGAGACAGGAGAAGCUGUGUACCAUGCAUUAGGAUACUGAAGAGAAAUAAUUCUAGAAUUAAAUAGUUGUUUGGAUUGUAAAGAAGAAAAGGAGAGUGCAAAAAUGGGGCGGAAGAAAAUACAGAUUACUCGGAUUAUGGAUGAAAGGAACAGACAGGUGACUUUUACAAAGAGGAAAUUUGGUUUGAUGAAGAAAGCCUAUGAACUUAGUGUGCUUUGUGACUGUGAAAUAGCACUCAUCAUUUUUAACAGCUCUAACAAACUAUUUCAGUAUGCCAGCACUGACAUGGACAAAGUCCUCCUCAAGUACACAGAAUAUAAUGAACCCCAUGAGAGCAGAACCAAUUCGGAUAUUGUUGAGGCUCUGAACAAGAAGGAACACAGAGGGUGCGACAGCCCAGACCCUGAUACUUCAUAUGUGCUAACUCCACAUACAGAAGAAAAAUAUAAAAAAAUAAAUGAGGAAUUUGAUAAUAUGAUGCGGAAUCAUAAAAUCGCACCUGGUUUGCCACCUCAGAAUUUCUCAAUGUCAGUUACGGUUCCAGUUACCAGUCACAAUGCUUUGACCUACACUAACCCAGGGAGUUCACUUGUAUCCCCAUCAUUGGCAGCCAGUUCAUCAUUAACAGACACAAGCAUGCUCUCUCCACCUACAAUGCAUAGAAAUGUAUCUCCUGGAGCUCCUCAGAGACCACCAAGUACUGGCAACACAGGUGGAAUGUUGAGCACUGCAGACCUCACAGUGCCAAAUGGAUCUGGAAAUAGUCCAGUGGGGAAUGGCUUUGUAAACUCAAGAUCAUCUCCAAAUCUGUUAGUAUCUACUGGGGGCAGUAGUUUAGGCAAAGUAAUGCCUACAAAAUCUCCCCCUCCUCCUGGAGGUGGAAACCUUGGAAUGAAUAAUCGAAAACCAGACCUUCGAGUAGUUAUCCCCCCUUCUAGCAAGGGUAUGAUGCCUCCAUUGUCGGAGGAAGAUGAAUUGGAGUUGAAUUCCCAAAGGAUAAGCAGUUCUCAGUCUACUCAGCCUCUUGCUACACCAGUGGUAUCUGUGACAACUCCAAGCUUGCCUCCACAGGGACUUGUAUAUUCAGCCAUGCCUACUGCUUACAACACUGAUUACUCACUUACUAGUGCAGACCUGUCAGCCCUGCAGGGAUUUAAUUCCCCAGGAAUGCUGUCGUUAGGACAAGUAUCUGCCUGGCAACAGCACCAUUUAGGACAAGCAGCCCUCAGUUCUCUUGUUACGGGAGGGCAGUUAUCUCAGGGUUCAAAUUUAUCCAUCAAUACCAACCAAAACAUCAACAUCAAGUCAGAACCAAUUUCACCUCCCAGGGAUCGAAUGACCCCUUCAGGCUUCUCUCAGCAACAGCAGCAGCAGCAGCAGCAGCAGCAGCAGCAGCAGCAGCAGCAGCAGCAGCAAGCUCGUCAGGAAAUGGGUAGAUCCCCUGUUGACAGUCUAAGUAGCUCCAGUAGUUCUUAUGAUGGGAGUGAUCGAGAAGAUCCCCGAAGCGACUUCCAUUCACCCAUUGGGCUUGGCAGACCCCCAAACACUGAAGAAAGAGAAAGCCCUUCAGUAAAGCGAAUGAGGAUGGACACAUGGGUGACAUAAAGCUAUUGAUGUUGCUGU